CGGCGAGGUCGGGGCCAGGCGUGUAUUGUUUAAACUGUGUGAUUCCAGCGAGGAGAAGACAGUUGAACUUGCCCGAGUCGUGUGAUGGCGGCCGUCGUGUGUGCGAGCGUCGACGCCGAACAAGACACCGCAGACAGCGCGCUCAGCUUCGCCUCUCGCCCGCCUCACGACCACCACCACCUCGCCGCCGACUGCGGGAAGUGUCGGCCCGGAGAAGGCCGGCGUCACCCCGAGCUGCUGGAAGCCGGCGAGGAGGCCUCUUCUCCGGGCCGCGAGGGGCCGCAGGGGGCCGAGGAGGACUUGACACCCGAGGAGGUCAGCGGCCGCUUGGAGAGAACUCGCCGGGAGUUUUAUAACCGGAGGAAGAUUAUCAUUAAACAUCUACCGUGUGACGUCACCAACCAGGAGGUCCAUGAGCUGUUGGCCAACUAUGACCUGAAGUACUGCUUUGUAGACAAAUACAAAGGCACAGCCUUCGUCACCCUGCUAAACGGAGAGCAGGCUCAGAGCGCCAUCAGGGAGUUCCACCAGCGCGUGCUGCGCGAGCGGGAGAUCUCCGUGCAGCUGCAGCCCACCGACGCCCUGCUGUGCAUCGCCAACCUGCCGCGCUCCUUCACCCAGCAGCAGUUCGAAGAGCUGGUGCGGCCGUUUGGCAACCUGGAGCGCUGCUUCCUGGUGUACAGGGCGUCCAGCGGCCACUCCAAGAGCUACGGCUUCGUGGAGUACAUGAAGAAGGACUCGGCCGCCCGGGCCAAGUCGGAACUCCUGGGCAAGCAGCUGGGCUCACGCAUGCUCUACGUGCACUGGACGGAGGUGGGCUCGCUCACGUACCCCCUGCUGCACUCCAAGUGUCUCUGCGUGGACCGCCUGCCUCACAGUCUGGUGAGCGCACAGGACCUCCGCAACGCACUGGCUGACACCCACCCUCCCGUCUUCUGCCAGUUGGCUCAGGGACAAGAUGGAAGUUUUCGGCGGUUCGCGAUCUUGGAGUUUGCGACGGCCGAAAUGGCGGAGGACGCUCAGCGUGUGGCAGAUGGCAAGCUGCUGGGCGGGACGCGUAUCAGGGCCUCUUUCUGUGCCCCCGGACUGCCUGGACGCAGCAUGCUCGCCGCUCUGAUCGCGGCCCAGACCAUGGCUGUCAACCGGGGCAAAGGUCUCCUCCCCGACCCCACGGCCAUGCAGAUCCUCACAGGCCUCAGCAACCCUGCUGCCCUCAAGAUGCUGCUCAACCCGCUGUGUCAGGGCCACAAUAAACAAGGUCUUCUCGGGAUGGCCCCCGCUGUGCCGCUGCUCGCCAAUCCGGCCCUGCCUGGCAUGCUGCUGCAGUUGCUGCUUCAGAAUCAGGCGAAGGCACAGCAGCAAGCCUUUCUGGGGAAUCCUCUUCUUUGGGCUCAGGCAGGACUCAUGGCGGAGAAUCCUCUGGCUUCUCUGCCCGUCCAGCAGGGAAUCCAUCUGCUCGGAGAGCUGUCCCAAGGUCUUGGCCUUCAGACUGAUCCCCUGGCCUCUCUGAAGCAGGCGCCCCUGGGCAGAAGCGUGGACAGAGAUCAGGAGUCUCCCAGCUUCCCGCAGACUCCCCCUCCCACUCUGCAGGGUCUGUCUGUGCCAAUGAUGGCUGGCAUGAUGGGGCCAGAGGGCCUCACGGCUCAGGGGGUCUCCAUGCUCGGAGAUCAGUCCAAAGACCUGACUCCUCCCCAGACUUCUUUUCUUGCCGUCAACCACGCGUAUCCCUCAGCAGCCCACUGCAGACCUCACCCGUACAGGAAGAGACCCACGCUGAGUAACCUGUCCAACCAACACAUGCAGCCCCACUACCACGACUACCCUCCUCUACACCAGGGUGAGCUGCAGCACUUGUAUGAGGAGCAGGAGAACCUGGCAGGGUUCAGCCAGCAGGUGCAGCUCUCCUGUCCGUCAGAGUACAGCCAAAGGCACUUCACUUACCCUCCCAGCUCACGGCCUGAUGGCAGUCUCCCGCCCAGCCAGCUCAAUAGGGCUGUGGGGAUGCCUCCUGUGAGCUACCCUCCAGGACUGGGAGACACACUGAAGACUCCCAUGGGCGGCCACAAGCGCCUCAUCCCGUCUCCGGAGCCCAGCCCAGAAGGAGGUUACGUGGGGCAGCACUCGCAGGGUCUGGGGGGACAUUAUGCAGACUCCUACCUGAAGCGCAAGAGAAUCUUCUGAAGCCAAGGUGUCAACUCCCUCAUUCUCUCUUUCUCUAUUAUCAUUUUUAGUGUGUUGCUAAAUGCAUUUUUAAACUUUUUUUUUAAUAUCACUUUUAGUUUCCUGUAAAAUGUGUUGACAUAAAAGCAGGUGGUGAAAAGAAGUGGUUAAUAAUGCUAAUGUCAGAUUUUUUCUCUCCUUUUGAAUGGCGUGAGAGCAGAUAGUUUUGAUGCUGUUAGACAUUUCACUUGUGACGUGCGGAAGAAAAGGCACGUCGACUUUAAAACUUUCCACGUUGUUUUGUCUUGUGAUUGGCACUCUUUGGAUGCUUUUGUGGUCUCUGGAGCUGCUUGAUGUUUUAGGUGUUUGUGUCCAAGUGAUGCACCAGAACAAUCACCACAGGAGUGCAUAUAUAUAUUUUUCAAGUUUGAUUGUGAGAACUGAUUACCUCUUGAUGAUCCUCAGCCUUGACAGUGUUAGCUACAAUUACUUCUUCUCUUUUUUUUCCAUUUGCCGUGUAAAUAGUUUGUUCAUGUGGUGUGUAACUGCUGUCUCUUCUGUACUGUUGGUCAGUAAAUGUUAUUUAAAAAAAACUCCAUUGAGUCAUUUCCAGGGACUUUGAAGCCACACUAAGACCAGCACCCAGCAUUUGGCUGCUGUUGCCAUGGUGACCACACAUCAAUGACCUGAGCCGCUGGUGUCCAAAGGUCAGCCGUGGGGUCAUUUGCAGCCUUUAGUCAAAUAAAAACAGCUAUUUUCAAA